AUGCUUUCCUUGGAAAAUGGCAGCAGCUCACCACAGCAACUACAGGAUGGCCUCACGCUCAUCCUGGGUCUUCUCAAACUUGCCCGAACAUGGUGGUUGCUGAGGCACAUCCCUGGCCCAUUUCUCGCCAGCAUUUCCAACCUGCCUCGUGUAUGGUGGCAAAUAACCGGUCGCGCGCAUCUUUACCAUCAAGCCGCGCAUGCAAAAUAUGGGGAUGUAGUCCGCAUUGGACCACGCAUGGUUUCCUUCAGCAACCCCGAAGCUAUUCCUACCGUCUAUCCUGUUCGGCCCGGCUUCCCCAAGGGUGAUCUUUACUCUGCUUUGCGUCCUUAUACAAGCGAACGAGGCCCUAUAUACCUAGUGUUUAACACCCAGGAUGAGUCAAUGCACAAGCUAAUCAAAAGCCCAAUCGCCCCACUCUUCUCGCUCUCCAGUGUAGUUCAAUUCGAAGGUCUAGUGGAUGAAGUGCUUGCAGUUCUAUCUAAGCAGUUGGAUGAGCGCUUCGUGGCCACGGGUGAGACAUUCGACUGCGCCGAUUGGUUACAUUUUUUCGCAUUUGACGUUAUGGGGACCCUGUCAUUUUCAAAGCAGUAUGGCGCUCUUGAGCAAGGUCGUGAUGUGAAUGGCAUGCUGAGCGAGGUCUAUCGGUUCUUUCGGCUGGCAGCACCGAUGACACAAAUAACCUGGCUUGACCCGAUCCUGUACAAAAAUCGUUUGGUGCACACCCUUCGAAAGCUACAGAAAAAGACACCGUCCAUGUCCAUCUUAGACUUUGCAAGCAGAGCUAUUAAGGAGCGGAUAGCUAAGGAAGACAACGACAAGGAAGAUGCAGAUAUUCCACCUCGCAAGAAGGAUUUCUUGGACCGUUUCCUCGAGAUCCAUCGCCAGAGUCCAAAGCUUCCACCAUGGGCUUCUACAGCAUGGACCUUUUCAAAUAUCAUCGCUGGCUCCGACUCUGUUGGGACCGUAAUGAAAACUGCUAUGUGGCCAUAUCCGCUGUGGGAACAAGUUCGUGAUUUGCCUUUUCUGGACGCUUGUAUCCAGGAAGCCGCACGUGUGCAUCCCCCAUUUGCUCUUCCAUUUGAACGGGUUACCCCUCGAGGUGGCGUGACAGUACUCGGUCAUUAUUUGCCCGAGGGAACUAACGUGGGUGGUAAUGCUUACGUCGUAAAUCGUCACGAAGGCACCUUUGGGCCAGAUGUGGAGGCUUGGAGGCCAGAGAGAUGGCUUGAAGGAGACGAAAGCCACAGGAAGACACUGGAGAAGAGCCUGCUCACAUUCGGCGCCGGGAGACGGGUGUGUCUGGGUAAGCAAAUUGGGAUUGUGGAAUUGAAGAAGCUUUUACCAUUUCUAUUUGUGAAUUACGAGAUACAAUUGGUGAAGCCUUUGCCAUUCAAAUGGGAGAACUGCUUUUUUUCCAAGCACCGAGGCUUUACUUGCCGGAUCAAAAGACGGGAGCAAGGGAAACUCAUUAAAGGUGCUGAUACCAAGGACGACGAAGGACAUUGACGACAGGAAGCUUAGAUGUUACGAACAUUGAUU